CGAUGCCAGUUUUCCAGAAGCAGAGCGCGCUUUAUUUCGGGACACGGACGCCUUUAGAGUAGGCGCCGAUGCGUGGCGUCGCGACGUCUAAAUAAAUCCAUACUGCAGCUGCGAAAAUAACGUGAGACUGUUUUUUGAGUGCUUAUAACCUAAACCAUGGAAACACAUUGAAAACACUAUUUUCUCCGUGCAACAUCCAAGAGUACCAUGGAAGGUUUCCUGCGAGUUGACCACAAUGCAGGCACCUCUUCGCCUUCCAGCUCCUUCAAUCCAGAUAACGCAGAUUCCACUUCCAUCUGCCCCUUGAUAACGCCGUCGCCUCCCACUAACGCUCUAGUGGAUCCGAUUCCUGAACCCAUCGAACCCAACUACCAAAUUGGCGCCCAGCUAGCCGAAAAACUGCAGAUGGUGCAUGGAAAGUGUGAUGGCGACUCGAUUUCUUCAGCUUCUUCCGAGCAACCGGUCACUUCGCAGCUGCUGGAUGGAACCAACUUCCUGAGCCUGCCGUUGGAUGAAGAAGCAGGCGUAGAGGGCGGAAAAGCGGCUUCACUGGAGCUGACCUUCCGCAAUCCAACGGAAGAUUACUUCUUCAUGUCUUGGAACUGGCCCUUUAUCCGCAAAGUGUCCCUCUACCUCUACCUUUCCGGCCUUAUCGGAAUGGUGGCCUUGGUAAUAGGGCUGAUAGCGACUUUGCCCAAAACCUGCAACCCCGAAACUCAGUGGUACCAAGGCAAAGUCUUCUACGAGAUUUUUCCGGCCAGCUUCUACAGCAGCAGCCAGGAAAUGGAGGGAAACCUCAAAGGCAUUUCCAUGAAAGCUGACUAUAUUAUGCAACUGAACGUCAGAGCCGUGCGCCUGAAUUCGAUUUUCCGCUCAUCUCACUAUCCGAAGGACUUCGAAAAUACGAUCAAUGCAAUGGAAAUCGAUUCCACUCUGGGAAAUUUGGAGGACUUCAAGAGCCUGGUGCUGCAUCUCAAUUCGCGGAACAUCUCGCUGAUGCUGGACCUCCCAGUUGCCUCAAUCAUCCAGAAUUCAUCAGCAAAAAAAUUCAUUAUCGCCCCCCGAAACGAGACGGAAGAACCUUCCGACUUCUUCAACGUGAGUUAUGAUUUUGAUCCGGUGGAAGACGCCAUUCAGUUCUGGCUGCUGCAUGGAGUGGAAGGGUUCUACUUAAAGGGCCUGGAAAAGUUCGCCGAUCAGCAUGACACUGCACGGUUGGUGCGAAAGUGGAAGAAGCUGCUGGGGCCUCAUAGGAUUCUGAUCGUUUCGGAGGAGACCCUCAAUCGGACUCCAAAGAAGAACUUGAACAUUGUGCUCAACAACAUCGAUCUCGUAGACGUAAAGCUUGAUAUAGAGAAAGGAGUUUCGGAGAUCAUCAAGCAAAUCGACGCUGUCCAGAACGGAUCACUGUUUACCAAGCCGGGAAUGCCUUGGGUGCACUGGUCUAUUGGAAACGUAAACUCCAACCGUCUAGCUAAUAUUUUGCCCUUUGGAAAUGGGACACUUGGAGCGGCUCUUCUGCAGCUGAUGCUUCCAGGAACUCCUUCGAUUUUUUACGGCGACGAAAUCGGACUCAGCCAAAUCGCAGAUCCAGAAGAGGAACGAAAAGACAUCAAACACCUACAUCAGCUCACCAUGAUGCCCUGGAAAGGCGAACAGCCCAAGGUGCUUCCCUGGAUUUAUGGGGGCAGCAAAUCCCCACCACAUUUCGACCAAGUGAACGCCAUCGUCAGGAUGACGGAGCUGCGCAUGCAGUCUCCAUCCAUCUACAUGAACGCCGUCUACAAAGAGGGAGUGAACAAAGCCAAUGCCGAAGUCAAGUAUUGGCAGGAGAACUUUUUGGUGGUUCAACGAUGGUACCCGCGAAGGAAAUCCUAUGUGGUGGCCAGCAACUUGGGCUCUAAUCAUAUUUCAACUGAUCUUUCCAUGCUGCUCUACACAGGACAAGUGAUCGUGGGGCCCAAAGUGGACUCAAUUUUAGAGAGUAUCUCUUUUAAAGAAGUGAGCUUGUGGCCGGGAGAAUCAGUGGUGAUUGUUUUAGACUAGGAGACUGCUGAUUAAUUAGCUAAUUAAGCAAUGUAGAGGGUGGUCAUUGAGAAUGGUGCCAAAGAGUAAAUUAUUUUAAGAGGUGCACGAUGGUUGAGUGAGACUGUGGGGUAUUAAGGGAGGACAGAAGAAGGAAAUAAUAGCAAUGUUGUUCUUAAGUUGUUGCCUUAUGCGUAAGUCAACAGAGAUAACAUGUGAUGAAGAGACAAAUUCGUCAAUGUAAUCAGUUGAAUAGAACUUAAUGUUUUAAAA